AUGUUGCCAACAGCGAUAUCCAGCUCCCGCUCUGCGUGGAAAGGACCAUUCUUCGUUGCGUUCCCAAACCUUGCCGAAGCGCUCAAAAACAACACCGCUAUUCGAACAAACGCUCGCAGCUGCACCAUCUUGCCCAACUUUGUCGGUUUGAAGUUCCAAGUUCACAACGGCAAACACCAUAUCCCUUUGACAGUGACGGAAGAGAUGAUUGGACACAAGUUGGGAGAGUUUGCUCCUACUAGGAAACCUUUCCGUUACCGAUUGACGAAGAACAAGUAA